AUGAAACAAAAUUUAACUUUUGAAAAAGAUGAUGGCAAUUUCUUAGAUUAAAACUCCUAUCAAUAAAAUGUAUAAGAAAUUAAUUAUUUAACUUAAAUGAUUAAUUCAAAUAUGUUUUUAGAUAAAGCUGAACUUUAUUAUAAGAAAGGAAUGAAUUUAUUUUUCAUAUCAAAUUAUGAGGAAGCAGUAUAAUCUUUUAACAAAGCAACUGAUAUUGAUAAGAAUCAUGCUGAGGCUUAUUUUCAAAAAGGAGAAAUCUUUCGUAAUUUCUUAAAAGAUCCUAAAGCAGCUGUAAAUGAGCUAGACGAGGCUAUUAGAAUAAAUCCUAAAUAUGUAGAAGCAUAUGAUUGUAGAGGCUAUGCACUUAUGGAUUUGCAUAAGUAUGAAGAUGCAGUAGAGUCUUUUGAUAAAAUUAUAAGAAUUAAUUAAGAAAAUAAUCGAAUAUGGCCAAAGUCAAUCUUAGAACAACUCAAUUUUUGUGAUGGUUAUGAAGGAAAAGCAUUAGCAUUAACAAAAUUAGGAAGAUGGGAAGAAGUGUUGGAAAUUUAUAACCACUUAAUAAAGCAAAAACCAAAUUAUGAACAUCAUCAUCAUAACAAAGCAAAAGCUUUACUUUCUCUUAACAGAAUAGAAGAAGCAUUAGAUUCUAUAAAUAAAGCUCUAAUAAUUCAACCAGAUAAUCCUUUAUUUUUAUUCACAAAAGGUUAAGCUGUUGCAUUAUCUAGAAAUAGAAAAGCAACAGAAGAGUUUUUUAAUUAGAGUUUAUAAUAAAAAUCUAAAUUUUUUGGUAGUGCUUACACUUACUUUUAGUAAGGAUUGGCUAUGAAUAUUUUAGGGGAUAAAGUAGAAGCAAUUAGAAACUUUGAUCUUGCAAUACAAAAUUCACCUGAUUAUUAUCAAGCUUAUCAUAGAAAAGGAUUAAUACUUAUUUCUUUAGGGGAGAAGAUGAAAGCAUUGGAUUGUUUUAAUAAAGCUAUAAAAAUUAACCCUGAUUAUAUAGAAGCCUAUUAUGCCAAAGGUUUGGUGUUAUCCGAAUUAGGACAAUAAAGUGAUUAAAAUGAAUCCUAAUGA